GGCGGGUCCCCGCGUGGAGUCUUCGUUCAGAACAGCUUCCGCCUCAGGCCAAGAUGACCUGCUGUUUGGAGUAGCUGCUCCUUCUGGGAGGACCAGUGUCCUGGACAGCCCAGCAGGUCUGCACAGAGCCCUGCUGGCUGGCCUUCGCUGCCAGGAACCAUGGCAGAGGCUGGGGAUGCAGCAUUGUCGGUGGCCGAGUGGCUGCAGGCACUGCACCUGGAACAGUACACCGGCCUCUUUGAGCAUCAUGGACUGGUGCGGGCCACAGAUUGCCAGGGCCUCAGCGACACUCGCCUGGUGGACAUGGGCGUGCUACUGCCGGGCCACCGUCGCCGCAUCCUGGCUGGCCUGCUUCGCGCCCAUGCGCCUCCGACCCCGGCCCCUCGCCCCGCCCCACGGCCCGUGCCCAUGAAACGUCAUAUCUUCCGCUCACCUCCUGCAUCCACCACUGCAACUGAGCCACUACCCACAGCUAGAGAGGAUGAGGGACUACCCACUGUCCCACCCAUCCCACCCCGAAGGAGCUGCCUUCCUCCUGCCUGCUUCUCUGCCCCAUCCACAGCUGUCCCAAACCCUGUGCUGCCCCCGCUGCCUGCCAAGCGGCAUUUGGCAGAACUAAGUGUUCCACCUGUGCCUCCUCGCACUGGGUCCCCCCGUCUACCUGUGAGCCUUCCCUACAAGGAGGAGGAGGAGUUACUGUCAUCGCCACUCUCAUCCUCUCCCCAGCCAGAACCUGAAGAGCCCCCGGACACCUUCCCCCGGGAGCCUCCCCAGCUCCUCUCUCCCACCCCUCCAGAGGUUCCCCCAAAGCCUCCUCGCCUGCUCCCGGAGUUCGAUGACUCUGACUACGAUGAGGCCCCAGAGGAGGGGCCGGGAGCCCCAGCUGGCGCGAUGACCAAGAAGGAGGAGCUUCCAGUGAGUCCGGUCCCUCGUGCUGUGCGUGUGGCCAGUCUGCUGAGCGAGGGGGAGGAACUGUCGGGGGACGACCAAGGGGACGAAGAAGAGGAUGACCAUGCCUACGAGGGCGUCCCCAAUGGUGGAUGGCACACCAGCAACCUGAGCUCAUCCUUGCCCAGCAGCCUCCCGAUCUCCCAGCUCCCACCCCACCCCAUGGAUCGAUUGCCUGGGGCUUCCGCCCCCAUCACGCAGGUCAUCAAGGCUGGCUGGCUGGACAAGAACCCACCACAGGGAUCAUAUAUAUAUCAGAAGCGAUGGGUGAGACUGGAUGCCGAUUACCUCCGAUACUUUGAUAGUAACAAGGAUGCCUACUCUAAGCGCUUUAUCUCUGUGGCCUGCAUCUCCCGUGUGGCUGCCAUUGGGGACCAGAAGUUUGAAGUGAUCACGAACAACCGGACCUUUGCCUUCCGGGCAGAGAGUGAUGCGGAGCGGAAGGAGUGGAUGCAGGCCCUGCAACAGGCAGUGGCCGACCAGCGUGCCCGGGCCCGGCUGUCUAGUGCUUCUCUGUUGGGUGUUCAAGGCUCAGAGCCACCUGACCGUGCUGGCAGCCUGGAGCUACGUGGCUUCAAGAAUAAACUGUAUGUGGCGGUGGUUGGGGACAGAGUGCAGCUUUACAAGAACCUGGAGGAGUACCACCUGGGCAUCGGCAUCACCUUCAUCGACAUGAGUGUGGGCAACGUGAAGGAAGUAGACCGACGUGGCUUCGAUCUCACCACCCCCUACCGCAUCUUCAGCUUUUCAGCUGAAUCAGAACUAGAGAAGGAGCAGUGGCUGGAGGCCAUGCAGGGAGCUAUUGCCGAGGCCCUGUCUACCUCGGAGGUGGCCGAGCGCAUCUGGGCUGUGGCCCCGAACAGGUUCUGUGCUGACUGUGGGGCUCCCCAGCCCGACUGGGCCUCCAUCAACCUCUGUGUCGUCAUCUGCAAGCGCUGUGCAGGGGAGCACCGUGGCAUGGGUGCUGGCAUCUCCAAGGUGCGGAGCCUGAAGAUGGACAGGAAAGUGUGGACGGAAACACUUAUCGAGCUCUUCUUACAGCUGGGCAAUGGUGCUGGGAACCGCUUCUGGGCAGCCAGCGUGCCCCCCAGUGAGGCCCUGCAACCCAGCAGUAGCCCUGGUGCCCGGCGGUGCCACCUGGAGGCCAAAUACCUCGAGGGCAAGUACCGCCGCUACCACCCACUCUUUGGCAACCAGGAGGAGCUGGACAAGGCCCUGUGUGCUGCAGUCACCACCACAGACCUGGCUGAGACCCAGGCACUCUUGGGCUGUGGCGCUGGGGUCAACUGCUUCUCAGGAGACCCUGAGGCCCCCACACCCCUGGCUCUUGCAGAGCAGGCGGGGCAGGCGCUGCAGAUGGAAUUCCUUCGGAACAACCGGACCACGGAGGUACCUCGGCUGGAUUUGAUGAAGCCCCUGGAAAAGCACUACUCAAUUGUCUUGCCAACUGUGAGCCACAGUGGCUUCCUCUACAAGACCGCCUCUGCUGUCAAGCUGCUGCCGGACCGUCGUGCCCGGGAAGAGUUCAGCCGACGCUGGUGUGUCCUUAGUGACGGGGUCCUGAGCUACUAUGAGAAUGAGCGGGCAGUGACCCCCAACGGGGAGAUUCGGGCCAGCGAGAUUGUGUGCCUGGCAGUGCCCCCUCCUGACUUCCAUGGCUUUGAGCACACCUUUGAGGUAUACACAGAGGGAGAGCGACUGUACCUGUUUGGACUGGAGAGUGCGGAUCUGGCUCGUGAGUGGGUCAAGUGCAUUGCUAAGGCGUUCGUGCCUCCUGUGGCUGAAGAUCUGCUGGCCCGGGAUUUUGAGCGGCUUGGGCGCCUACCUUACAAAGCUGGUUUGAGCCUACAACGGGCCCAGGAGGGCUGGUUCUCUCUCACCGGCUCUGAGCUCCGUGCCAUUUUCCCAGACGGGCCUUGCGAGGAGCCACUGCAGCUGCGGAAACUGCAGGAACUUUCUAUCCAAGGGGACAGCGAGAACCAGGUGCUGGUGCUGGUGGAGCGAAGGAGGACACUGUAUAUCCAGGGAGAGCGGCGGCUGGACUUCACGGGCUGGCUGGGGGCCAUCCAGAAAGCAGCAGCCAGCUCGGGGGACACGCUGUCAGAGCAGCAGCUGGGAGACUCGGACAUCCCAGUGAUUGUGUACCGUUGUGUGGACUACAUUACACAGUGCGGCCUGACUUCCGAGGGUAUCUACCGCAAGUGUGGACAGACUUCUAAGACACAGCGGCUGCUGGAGAGCCUGCGGCAAGAUGCUCGCUCUGUGCGCCUCAAGGAGGGCGAGCAGCAUGUGGAUGACGUCUCCUCCGCGCUCAAACGCUUCCUGCGAGACCUGCCUGAUGGGCUCUUCACUCGAGCCCAGCGUUUGUCCUGGCUGGAGGCCUCAGAGAUUGAGGAUGAGGAAGAGAAGGUCUCCAGGUACCGAGCCCUCCUGGCACGUCUGCCCCCAGUCAACCGGGCCACGGUAAAGGCCCUUAUCAGCCACUUGUACUGCGUCCAGUGCUUCUCAGAUACAAACCAGAUGAACACCCACAACCUGGCUAUUGUGUUUGGGCCCACACUCUUCCAGACAGAUGGGCAGGACUACAAGGCUGGCCGUGUGGUGGAAGACCUCAUCAGCCACUAUGUGGUGGUGUUCAGUGUGGACGAGGAGGAGCUGAGGAAGCAGCGGGAGGAGAUCACUGCCAUUGUAAAGAUGCGGGUGGCUGGCACUGCCAGCGGGACCCAGCACGCCGGUGACUUCAUCUGCACGGUGUACCUGGAGGAGAAGAAGGCAGAGGCUGAGCAGCAUAUCAAGAUCCCGGCAUCCAUGACAGCUGAGGAGCUCACCCUGGAGAUCCUGGAUCGCAGGAGUGUGAGCAUCAGGGAGAAGGACUAUUGGACUUGCUUUGAGGUCAAUGAGAGGGAGGAGACAGAGCGCCCCCUGCACUUUGCGGAGAAGGUGCUGCCCAUCCUGCACGGGCUGGGCACAGACAGCUACCUGGUGGUGAAGAAACACCAGUCCAUGGAGGCCAUGCUGCUGUACCUGGCCAGCCACGUGGGCGACACCAAGCACGGCAUGAUGAAGUUCCGAGAGGACCGCAGCCUCCUGGGCCUGGGGCUGCCCUCAGGUGGCUUCCAUGACCGCUACUUCAUCCUCAAUAGCAGCUGCUUGCGGCUGUACAAGGAGGUCCGGAGCCAGAGGUCGUGGAACGGGGUCCCUGAGACCAGUCACCGACCUGAGAAGGAGUGGCCCGUGAAGAGCCUCAAAGUCUACUUGGGGGUGAAGAAGAAACUCCGGCCGCCCACCUGCUGGGGCUUCACUGUGGUGCACGAGACAGAGAAACACGAGAAGCAGCAGUGGUACCUCUGCUGUGAGACGCAGAUGGAGCUCCGGGAGUGGUUCGCCACCUUUCUCUUCGUGCAGCAUGAUGGCCUGGUGUGGCCCCCAGAGCCCUCACGUGUGUCCCGGGCGGUGCCUGAGGUCCGGAUGGGAAGCGUGUCGCUGAUCCCCCUCCGUGGCACGGAAAAUGAAAUGCGCCGGAGUGUGGCUGCCUUUGCUGCGGACCCGCUUUCUCUCCUCAGAAACGUGUGAGUGCAGGCGCCAGCCCCUGGCUCUGGGAUUCUGCUGCCUGGAAGCCUUCCUGUUCAGACACCCUCAUGCCCUGCGUGCUUGCUGUGAGCCAGCAGGGGCACAUGAGGAAGCCGCACCCCCCACGUUCCACAUCCAGACUGCAGCCCGGGGUUCCCUGGCUGGGGAGUGGGGGCAGCAGGGUCUGCCUGAGGAGGAACCCGUCACCUGCUCUGCCCAGGUGCUCAGCCCUCCUGGCCUGGUCUGCUCCCCGCCAGGGUCACCCGCCCUGAGUUUGAGAGGUUGGGGAGAUGGGCAUCAGUCAGGAACUCUGGGGGAACACCAUCUUUUCAGAGGCUCAAGGCUCUGGGGCCCCUGCUGGAAGGGAGCCCAGCCCCUUGCCACAAACUCCAGAACAGCAGAAAGCAGAUACUCUAAAGGAACACUCAGCUGGGGUGGGAAGGGAGCUCUUGGGUAAUUUACUGUGGGGCCAACUGGUGGACUUUGGGGACUUAAGUCCAUCUUCUGGUCUGGGGUGGCUGGGAGGGUCCAGGUUGCCUGGUGCUCCUUUCCUACUUUGGGGACCUUUUGUUAAUAUAAAUAUAUCUGUAUAUUUUAUUCUACGGUGCUGUGAGGCCUGUGAUUGGUUGGGGGUUUCUGGUGUUCCAGUGUGGGAAGAGGUCAGGAGGCCCAGAGGUGAG